AUGGCUAGCAUCAUUGCACGUGUGGGUAAUAGCCGGCGGCAAAACACACCCUUGCCACCUUGGGCCCAUUCAAUUUUGAGGUCCCUGGGGAGGAGUCUUGGUCCUUUAAGGGUCCACAUGGCAGAAAGAAAUGUGAAGCUAUUCUCUGGGAGAGUGGUGCCAGCUCAAGGGGAAGAAACCUUUGAAAACUGGCUGAUCCAAGUCAAUGGGGUCCUGCCCAACUGGAAUAUGUCUGAGGAGGAAAAGCUCAAGCGCUUGAUGAAAACCCUUAGGGGCCCAGCCCGGGAGGUCAUGCGUUUGCUCCAGGCCGCCAACCCCAAUCUAAGUGUGGCUGAUUUCCUGCGGGCGAUGAAACUGGUGUUUGGCGAGUCUGAAAGCAGUGUCACCGCCCAUGGUAAAUUUUUUAACACUUUGCAGGCACAAGGGGAAAAGGCCUCCCUUUAUGUGAUCCGUUUAGAAGUGCAGCUCCAGAAUGCUAUUCAGGCAGGGAUCAUAGCUCAGAAAGAUGCAAACCAGACUCGCCUGCACCAGCUCCUUUUAGGAGCUGAGCUGAAUAGGGACCUGCACUUUAGGCUGAAACAUCUUCUCAGGAUGUAUGCAAAUGAUCAGGAGCAUCUUCCUAAUUUCUUGGAGUUAAUCAAGAUGAUAAGGGAGGAAGAGGAUUGGAAUGACACUUUUAUGAAAUCGAAACGGCCCAAAAGGUCUGAGCUAAUCUUGGAGAGGGCAGCAAGCCCUGUAGCAUUUCAGGGGCCCCAGCCAAUAGCAACCAGCAGCGCCGACUGCAACAUGAUAGAGGUAGAUGAUACCCUUGAUGACUCAGAUGAGGAUGUGAUCCUGAUGGAGUCUCAGGACCCUCUACUUACAUCCAUCGAUGCCCCGCCCCUCAGAGGCAGGGCCAGACCUCUCGAUCCAGUACUGGUCACUGAUUCCUCCAACAGUUCCUGGGCUCAAUCUCCUUCCACCAGUGGGGGUUCUGGGUAUAAGAAUAAUGGUCCUGGGGAUAUGCGUAGAGCCAGGAAGCGAAAAUACACAAUCUUCUGUUCAUAUUGUGGUGAGGAGGGCCACUCAAAGGAAACCUGUAACAGUGAGAGCAACAAGGCCCAGGUGAUUGAGAAUCUGAUCAUCACCCUGCAGGAGCUGACACAUACAGAGGAGAGGUCAAAAGAGGUUCCUGGCAAACACAAUGACCUCUCUGGGCCUCUAGUAAGGUGCUAGAAUGAGCCCUAAGUGAACCCUUAACUGUAUUCAGAAGGGAAAAACAGCGGGGGUGGGAGUAGAUUUCUAUCUGCAUUAAUUAAUCCACAAAGUGGAUUUAUUGUGGGCAGAAGAGGUCUUGGAUAUCACCAAAGUGGAGGGGAUGGCCUGAACUCUGUCCCUGUUCCCUCCUCUGUCUGCCUAAGGGUCUAUUCUGUGUGUGUGUCCGUUUCCUUGAUG